UUUUUCCCUUCAUUUUUGUGUGCCAUAAAUUUGAAAAUCUAAGCAAGCGCAGAGGAGAGGACAGCUAGGGUUUCAGCAAAAUCCCAAUUCCACCAUCGCAGACCUGGGAUGGCGGAUAGGUUCUGGAGUAGGCAAUACUUUGGCGUGCCCAAGCGGCCUCGAUCAGACUAUGAUCUCCCAUAUUCUGGAUUGCCUUCAGGCAAUGAGGUCCAUAAUUAUUUAGUUCAAGGUGAUGAUCUUGGUGGCCCCCGAUCUGUAAAGGACUCAAAGACUGUUGGAUUGGCAUAUGACCAAUAUUUCCAGGAUAUUCCUUCUUUUACUUCUGGAGCAGCUAGUGAUUUUCGUGGGGUUGGGUUAGGAACAGCAACUGGUGAAGCAAUAUCUGGUCUUUCAAUUUCUGGUCCUGCUGUUAUGGAUCAUUUGGAGGCCCUGGAUUCUGAUCUACCACCAAGUGGUCAAGGCAGGCGUUUUGGUCAUCAGCUGGAUGCAAUUAUCAGACCAAGCCGGGAAACGGCUCCUCUACCUCCUGAUGCAUCCAGCACUCUUUAUGUUGAGGGGCUUCCUCCUGACAGCACAAGGAGGGAAGUAGCUCAUAUUUUUCGCCCAUUUGUGGGGUAUAAAGAAGUAAGACUCGUGAGCAAAGAAUCCAAGCAUCGUGGUAGAGAUCCUCUUGUCCUUUGUUUCGUGGAUUUUACAAGCCCAGCCUGUGCUGCAACUGCAUUGAGUGCUUUGCAAGGUUAUAAGAUCAGCGAACAUGAUCGUGAUUCUGCCCAAAUGAGAUUGCAGUUUUCUCAGUACCCAGAUCCAAGGUCUGGCUCUGGAUCCCGUGGGAAGCGCAAAACAAGCUUCAAGAGAGGGCGCCCAAGCAGAAUGAAGUCUCAUGUACUUCGCUGAAGAAGACGUAGAGAUGUGAAGUUUGCAUCAUUUAUUUGGUAGUGAAUAGAAGGCUAAUGGAUAAUAAUUGGAAACAGUCUGGGAAUUCCAAACCAUAUGCAAUCAGAGCUGUUGAUGGAGGAUGGCUCGAGUUAAAACACAGAAUAGUUUUGGGCUUUACAUGAUAUAGUUUACUUCAUAGGACAAGUUUCCGCAGCCAUUAGAAUGGCUGACCAAGGUUUUGUUGAGCAUCACCAAUCCAAAGUUACAUAUGUUUUCUUUUUUUGUGAAACUGGCUCCUAUAUAUGUAGGAUCCAUUCAUGCCAGUAAUCCAUUGUAGUGAACAGGUACCUAUUAAAAUCCUCCUCCUCCUCCUCUGACAUGGAACCAAGAAAAAUCAGAACCCUAAACUUACUGGGUGUGUUUGAA